AUGGAUUAUGCCUUUGAGCUAACCCAAUCCCUCUCAAACUACAUGAAGGCAAAGAUAGCUAGUCGUCUUUGGCAUGCAGAACUGCCUAAUCAAAUCCGGGAAAACUUCAGUGCUGAGACCAUGUUUGAGUGCAAUCUAGCUGUGGAGGUGAUUUUGCAGGCAUUUGAAAAUCAAGAAUAUACGACGUGGGAUGCAGAAGAAUAUUUGACCCAUCUCAGCGCACGUUGCACGGGUCAGAAUUCUGCCGUUGAGGCUCGCCUGAAAGACCAGUUUCCUCCGGUGCAUUCCACGUUACAGUACCAAACCCUGCCCGGAACUGUAAUUGAUAGUGCAGGCAACAUAUUGGUGUGGUACCUGCCAGGUAUUUUGUCAGAGACAAGGGUGGAGAGUGUGUGGAAUUCAUUACGGGAUAUUGAAACAAUGAUUCACAAGGCGGCACCUUUGGCCACAAGCUGGAGGGUCAAUGACAGUUACUUUCGACAUGAGCCAGGUUGGCUUCAACCUGGAAAUCUUAACUUUUCCCCGGCAUGGUUUCAGCAAGGCCAUGAGACGUCCAACCCGCUUGAGGUCUCCUUGGACUUGUGUAAUCCUAUUGGACAGGAGUUUAUACGAGACAUGAUGACAUCUUCGGCUUUGCUGGGAGCCAUCUUGAGCAUUAUACACCCCGAGCAGUACCGGGCGGGAAUAAAAUUUCUUCAACGGCUUGCUGCGGAACCGGAGUUCGUCCAUAAGGCCGAAAUAUUGAAGCAAAUUCUCACAAUAUGGAGUUCGCCCUUUGGAGUCAUGACCGCCAUCAGCAACCGAGAUACACCGUACCAUCGGGAUAAUGGGUCAUGCUACUCAUGGUACGAUUUUUUGAUGCCACUUGGGAAGGGUGAACACGGACGGCUUGAGCUUCCUGGCCUUGGACUUCGGUACAAGUAUGAUCCCAUGACCCUUGUUGCAAUUACCGGCAGGUUGCUUCAACACGGCGCGGUGUGCGAGGGAGAUAGGGCAGUCAUAGUCUAUUACAUGCGUAGGAAUGUAUUUAAAGAGCUGGGAGUCCAAGAGGCGGGAUGGUCUACUACGUACGAUCUUUUUGCAAAUUUACCGGCCACCAACACUUUUGAUUUUGAAAUAUGA